UCUAAUUUGUCACUUGGUGGGGGUUCAAUGGGGGUAGGGAUAAUCCCCAUUUGCAAUUGUGGUGAGUUGGCUGUAGUAAAAAUGGCUAAAACUUCAAAGAAUGCUAGAAGAUACUUUUGGGGUUGUGGAAACUACAAGAGUGGAACUAGUAGUGUGAUGUCUUGUAACUAUUUCAAGUGGUGCAAUGAAGAAAAGGUUGAUGAAAGGGAUGUUAUCAUUGGUAGUCAAAGGAGGAAGAUUUGUGAUAUGGAGAAGACAGUGAGUGCUUUGACGAGAAGGAACCAAUUCUUAGUAGCAGUGGUAUGUGUUCUUAGUGUAGUGGUAUGUGUUCUAAGUGGUGUAUUUUUAGGUUGA